AUGGCCUCUGGUCCCUUCAACCCCGGACAGUCUGUGAUUCUAAAGGUUCUAAAGGAAAUCUCUGUUGGAGACCUAAAGCCUAAUGAAACUGUUGAGGCAAAUCUGGAAGCACAACUGCUCUCCAAAUUAGACCAUCCAGCCAUUGUCAAAUUUUAUGCAAGCUUUGUGGAGAGAGAGAGUUUCUGCAUCGUCACCGAAUACUGUGAGGGUGGAGAUCUAGACUUUAAAAUUCAAGAGUACAAAAAAUCUGGGAAGAUAUUCACCCAAAGACAAAUAAUAGACUGGUUUAUACAGUUGUUACUCGGAGUCAACUACAUGCAUGAAAGGUGGAUACUUCACAGAGAUUUGAAAGCCAAGAACAUAUUUUUGAAAAAUAACCUUCUUAAAAUUGGGGACUUUGGCAUUUCUCGCCUGUUGAUGGGCUCCUGUGACCUGGCAACGACAUUUGCUGGGACACCACACUACAUGAGUCCAGAGGCACUGAAGCACCAGGGAUAUAACACAAAGUCUGACAUUUGGUCUCUAGGAUGUAUUUUAUAUGAGAUGUGCUGUAUGAACCAUGCAUUUACUGGACACAAUUUUUUGUCUGUUGUGCUAAAAAUUGUAGAAGGUGAUACACCUUCUCUUCCUGAUAGAUACCCAAGCAAACUGAAUGCUGUGCUGUGCAGCAUGUUAAAUAAGAAUCCUUCAUUGAGACCUGCGGCAGCAGAGAUCCUAAAAAUGCCUUAUAUUGAUGAACAGCUGAAGAACAUACAGUACAAGUUCACAAACAUGGUGGUGAAAGACAAGGCACUUGCUGGGCAGAAAGGAGCUGCUCCCAUUUUUGAUGCUGUGCAGAGGAGAGUUCAUCUGCAAACUCUGCAGGGACUGUCUGAAGUGCAGAAGAUGACACCACGGGAACGAAUGAGGCUGAGGAAGUUAAAUGCUGCUGAUGAGGGAGCCAAGAAGCUGAAACAGCUGGCAGAAGAAAAAUAUCAAGAAAAUAUCAAAAGAAUGCAAGAACUCAGGGCCCGUAACGUCGGGCAGCUGCACGCCGAUGGCCUGGGUGAAUCUGAGGAGCAGACUUCAAAACCCCAGAUUCACUCUCAGCCAGUCACUGCAUGUAACUGUGUGUCUGUAGGACAUGGUGAACCAAGUGGAAGGGAGACAAGUCAGCUCUGCAUGUCUGAACUUACAGACCAUGAAAUCCCUGAAGACCCAGAAACUGCAGAAGAAUAUUAUAAUGAUGAGUUUGAAUCCUAUUCAGAAGGCAGUGAAGCGGAGGAGGAUGUGGAAGCAUCACAGACUGUCUCUGAGACCAAUCACCAGGACAGUGACAUCGAGGCCAUGGUCAAGUGUCUGGAGAGUGUCCUCAACAACAGCUCGCUGGGCUCGGGGACUGUCACCAGAGUGUCUCCAGGGGCGCCCCCGGGACUCAGAGCUCUCAACAGCACCAUGGCCGAGGCCAAACUGAAACACAUGAGGGAAUCUGCCGUUGGGAAGCUGGGAGUGGAGGUGUUUGAGGCUGUGUACAGCUCUCUCAAGCAAGCGAGACAGCAGGAUGCCAGUGAAGAGGAGAUCAGGACACGUCUGGAGAAACUGGUGUCCAGAGCAAGCGACUGCUUUGAGGUGGAUCAGCUCCUCUACUUCGAGGAGCAGCUGCAGGCUUCAGAACCACGUCUUCAGCCGUGA